UCAUGCGGAAGAGUCUCGGGGUUCUGAUUAUAGCCAAAGCAAAACUGUCAGAUUUACUUGCGCACGUAAUUGUUGUUGUCUUGUCUGAAAAGCCGGAGUCUCUUAAUAAGCCCAGCGGACUUCGGUUUAAAGUCAAAAUGUCGUCAGAAGAGUUUGAGAAGCUGCAUGAGAUGUACAGGUCGCUGUAUGACGAGCUGAAGCUAAUUCCGGAGAGGGCUUUGACAAGCCACGGAGAGGAGAGGAAGAAGCUGGUGAGGACAUUUGAUGAGAGACAGGGAGAGGCUGAGGAAGUGUUACAAGGAAUGGAAGAGGAGUUGCGUGGAGCUCCUUCUUCAUACAGAAACGCGAUGAGUGCAAAGCUGCGCCUCUACCGCAGGGAUCUCGGCAAGCUGCAGAGGGACAUGAAAACCUCGGCGCAAGGGUUCAGCUCCUCGUCCCAGACAGUCCAGGGAAGCCAUCCGAGCGUUUACUCAUCUCAAAAUCAACAAAGUACACACCUGCAGUCCCAGAGAGCUCUUUUACUGCAGGGAACAGAGUACCUGAACAACGCCAGCCAGAGCAUCGAGCGAAGCCAGCGCAUCGCCGCGGAGACGGAUCAGAUCGGCACGGAUAUUAUCGAGGAGCUGGGAGAGCAGAGGGAGCAGCUGGACCGGACCAGAGACAGACUGAUGAAUACAGGAGAGAACCUCAGCCGGAGUAGAAAAAUCCUUCGCGCCAUGUCGCGACGCCUGAUGACGAACAAGCUGCUGUUGGCCGUCAUCAUUCUGAUGGAGCUGGGCAUUCUGGGUGCCGUGGUCUACCUGAAGUUCUUCCGAAAAUGAAGAGGACAACGUCAUCUGCAAACAGGCGGAGCUCUGAAUCCAGAGCAAAAACCCCGCGGACGUUAAACUAAACACUGUCUCUUUCAGCUGUUCGGUAGCAAUAAUACUCGUCUGUCGUUCCUGCGACUCCUUCGAAGCGAUUAACUUUUUCUAAGACUGGGUGCGUAUCCAUCGGCUAUUGGGACGAGGGUGUUGAAUAUUCGAAGCCGUUAAUGGACCAAACCCGCAGAAACGACCCCGAACUGACAUUUGCGCUCUUCUAGCCGCCUCUCAACGCCAGUGAUGUCCAGCGGGACGAUGAUCUGGACGUGUGCGCCGGGCGCCACGAAGCUGUGUCAACCCUCCUUGCGUGUAGUUGAAGGAAAGUGAAAACUGACAGACGUAGAAAUCAAGGAAUUGACACCAGCUGACUUUGUUUUGUGGCGUUGUGCCGGUUUUCCAAAUCAGAGCAAGGCCCCAAAUCCAUUAGAUGCUGAAUGUGAACUAGGAGUGAGUGGGAGGUCUUCAUGCAGCUGCUUUAUUCUUACAUUAACUGUACAUGUAAUCAGUGUGCUCUCAGGAGUCCUUAUUUAAAAGUAUUCAUGUGAUUAAAGAUCAUGUUUGACCU